AUGGCGACGGGCCCCGUGGAGCAGCGGAACCAGGACGCGACGUGCUACGUCGGCAACCUCGACGAGCAGCUCACGGAGGAGCUGCUCUGGGAGAUGAUGCUCCAGGCGGGCCCCAUCGGGAACGUGCACCUGCCGCGCGACAAGGUCACGGGGUCGCACCAGGGCUACGGCUUCGUCGAGUUCCGGAGCGAGGAGGACGCGGACUACGCGCUCAAGGUCAUGAACAUGGUCAAGCUCUUCGGGAAGCCCCUGCGCGUGAACAAGGCGAGCCAGGACAAGAAGACGCUCGAGGUCGGCGCGAACCUCUUCGUCGGCGGCUUGGACGUCGACGUCGACGAGAAGCUGCUCUACGACACGUUCAGCGCCUUCGGGACGAUCACGGAGACGCCCAAGAUCAUGCGCGACCCGGACACGGGCAACUCCAAGGGCUUCGGGUUCGUGUCCUACGACUCGUUCGAGGCGAGUGACCUCGCGAUCGAGUGCAUGCACAACCAGUUCUUGUGCAACAAGCAGGUCCAGGUGGGCUACGCGUUCAAGCGCGACUCGAAGACGGAGCGCCACGGGUCCCAGGCCGAGCGCCUCCUCGCCGCGAACAACCCCAUGAGCGCGAAGCCGCACGCGAUGUUCGGCACGGGGCCCGGCGACGCGAUGGGCGGCGGCUACGCGGCCAUGGCGCCGCCGCCGGGCAUGUCGAUGAUGCCGCCGCCGCCGGGCGCCUUCGGCGGCAUGCCGCCGCCGCCGCCGCCGCCCAUGCCGCCCAUGCAGGGCUACGGCGCGCCGCCGCCGCCCAUGGGCGGCAUGAUGCCGCCGCCGCCGCCGCCGCCCAUGGGCAACUUCCCGCCGCCGCCGCCGCCGGGCGCGCCGGGCGGCAUGAUGCCGCCGCCGCCGCCGCCCAUGGGCGGCUUCCCGCCGCCGCCGCCGCCGCCGCCCAUGGGCGGCAUGAUGCCGCCGCCGCCGCCGCCCAUGGGCGGCAUGAUGCCGCCGCCGCCGCCGCCGCCCAUGGGCGGCAUGAUGCCGCCGCCGCCGCCGCCCCCGCCGCCCCCCAUGAUGUAG